CCUUUCCCCUAUAUAAAGACUCCAUUUUGCCAAUUCUUUUGCAUCAUCAAAUCAUUUCAAUUUCUUUUUUUUUUUAAUAUUAAAAACCCCUCUUCAAUUAUUUUCUGCAUGGAUUAUAAACAUCAUAUUCCUCUAUUAUUACCAUUCUUACUAAUAAUACUCUUAUGUGUGGCAAAUUCUUCUGCCACUUAUCAUCCAAUUUGCACACAAACCCCUUACCCAGAACUAUGCAAUUCUCUCACCACAAGCCCCACCCCUCAGUCAACCUUCGACGAAAGUUUGACCCUUUUUCGUGACGUAAGCCUUAGGGCAACUUUACUUCAAGCCGAAAAUGCCCACAAGAAAAUUUCAGACAUGGACCUAAGUUCAUUAUUCAACGAUGACCUAUCCAAGUUAGCAUCGGUAGAUUGUCUCGAUCUUUACGAAGACACAAUCUACCAACUCAACAGGUCCAUCUUCGGGUCGAAAAACGACGCACAAACAUGGUUGAGUUCGUCAAUUGCGAACGAACAAGCAUGCCGAAAUGGAUUUCUUGAUUUCAACUUAUCCUUCUCGAUGAUGCUAAUGAGUGACGACUUCUCGAAGUACCUUAGCAACUCACUCGCCAUCAAUAAAGCCACGGCUUCUGCUUCGUCGUACACGACGAAGCAGAAGAGAAAUCGACGUUUAUUGAGCACCGUUGAUUUCCCUGAAUGGGUUUCGCAUGGUGACCGUAGAUUGCUUCAAUCUUCGACGAAGGGCGAUAUUGUGGUGGCGCAAGAUGGCUCCGGGAACUAUAAGACCAUUAACGAAGCUCUGGCUGCGGCGGAGAAGCAGAGGAGUGGGACCCGGAGAUUCGUUAUAUACGUGAAGAAGGGAGUUUAUAAAGAAAACGUGGAGGUGAAGAGAUCAAUGAAGAAUCUAAUGUUUAUCGGAGAUGGGAUUGAUUCUACGGUUGUGACGGGCAGUAAGAACGUUCAAGAUGGCUCCACUACCUUUCGUUCCGCUACUUUUGCUGUUACCGGUGACGGGUUCAUAGCAAGGGACAUGACAUUCGAAAACACUGCGGGCCCGCAGAAGCACCAAGCGGUAGCCCUACGCUCCGGCUCGGAUUUCUCCGUUUUCUACCGAUGCAGCUUCAAGGGCUAUCAGGACACUCUCUACGUCUACUCUCAACGGCAAUUCUACCGCGACUGCGAUGUCUACGGGACCAUAGAUUUCAUAUUCGGCGACGCAGUUUCGGUCAUCCAAAACUCCAACAUCUACAUAAGAAAACCUAUGUCCAAUCAGAAGAACACAGUCACAGCCCAGGGAAGAAAAGACCCGAACGAAAACACAGGCAUCGUUAUCCACAACUCGCGUGUCACGUCCGCCUCGGGCUCCGGGUCGGGCCCCAGCUACUUAGGGCGGCCGUGGCAGCAGUAUUCAAGAACCGUUUUCAUGAAAUGCGCGAUUGAUGGGAUAAUUGAACCCGCGGGUUGGCUCCCGUGGAGCGGUAGUUUUGCUUUGAGCACUCUCUACUACGGUGAGUAUAUGAACACGGGGAGCGGGGCGAGUACCGGUGGGAGGGUAAAGUGGCCUGGGUUUCAUGUGAUAACUAGUGCAGCGGAGGCCGGAAAAUUCUCCGUCGGGAAUUUCUUGGCCGGAGGUUCUUGGAUUCCGGCCACCGGCGUGCCGUAUACUUCUGGCGUGUGACUUGUUAAGUGAAGUUACGUACGUGUAAAGUUGGAAAAUACGUACCAUGCAUGGUAUAAUGGUGUUUCUUGGAUUAUAAGGUCAUCUAGGAAAGUGAUUUGUUUGCAUAUGUCGUUAUAUGAAAUGUCAAUAUCUUAGUGCAUAUUGGAGGAAGAUUUAUUAUAUUGUAUAUUUGUAAGUUGUAAUUUGUAAUGAUAUUAUUAUUAUAGAUGUA